AUGGAUCGGACACUAUCCACUGGACGCGGAGCAGUCGCCGCACCGGUGCAGGAUUCUAUAACCGCGUCAGAUAAUCUGACUGUGCGCACUCGCACUGGCGUCUUUACCGGUGUCAUCGAGGAAGACUUUCUCAACACGAGGAUCUUCAAGCCCGUCCCUUUUGCCGAGCCUCCUGGCUAUACCUCAGGUCUGGUCGGUGAAGCCACCUCGGAAGAUCGCCUGUAUCUCGCCGUGUGGACGCCGGCCAAUGCAACGGCCGACUCCAAGCCCCCGGUGCUCUUCUUCAUGACCGGUGGCGCGGCACAUCGUCGUGACAACAACUACCGCGUGAACAUCUUCGGCUGGCCCAAUGCCCGGGGCCUGAAGGAGCAGAACCUCAGCAUCAUGGACCAACGCGCCGCCUUAGAAUGGGUGUACGAGAAUAUCCACCACUUCGGCGGUGACCCGUACAGGAUCGUGCAAUGGGGCCAGUCUGCCGGAUCACAAAGCACACACUUCCACUCUUACGCCUACUACGACAAGCCGCUGGUGCAGGGCUACGUCAUGCAGCCCAGGACCGAUUUAAAAUCCCUCGGUUUCUCAGACUACGACCAGACUAACUUCACCUUCGUAGCCAAGCAAUUGGGCUGCGAAUUCCCGCAAGACGCGCAGGCCGAGCUCGAAUGCAUGCGCGCGGUCCCAUUCGCCCGGAUCUCCAAUUUCGUCGGCCAGUACGCCGACAACGGAACCGAGCCCGCGCUCAGCUUCUACGUCGUGCCCAACGAGAAGCUGAUCUUCAGGGACUACCCGGCGCGUUCCGCCGCCGGCAAUGUCGCCCACCGACCGGCCAUUAUCUCCAACUGCGCCAACGAGUUCUUCUCACUAAUCACGUACCCCGUCAACAACCUCACAGCGGGCCCCGAUCCCGCUGCGGUCCUCGAAAGCGAUCUCACGGAUUGGAUGUGUCCGACCGCUAACUCGAGCCUCCUCCGCGUCCAGCAGGGCAUCCCGCUCUACCGGUACCAGAAUGCUGGCCAGUAUCCCAACCCGAACCCGUUCCGCCGGCUUGGGGCGUAUCAUGCCAGUGAUUUGCCGAUGAACUUUGGCACGUACCCUUUGCAGCAGUAUCUGGGCAACAGCACGGCGUUUGAAGCGGGAGUCAGCCGCACGAUGCAGGAUCACGUUUUUGCCUUCUUGCAGGAUCCGUGGAAGGGGCCGGAGGGUUUGGGAUGGUACCCCGUGAACUCUACGGGUGGCCGAGUUCUGCGCUUCGGUGCGGAUGGGGGAGCUGUGCAGAAGGUCGAUCGGAUGGAGACCGAUGGUCCAUGUCGGGGGAUUGGGAGAGACGAUCAGUUCCCUUCAGGGCUGGCUUUCGAUUGA